AUGAAGCACCAUAAAAUGUUGCUAAAGACUUUCAAAGUGCUUUCAUUGCUUUUAGGGGUAAUCCCCAUCGAAGCUUUAGACAAACACGGAUGGAGAAAGCAGUCAAUUUACUCAUUGCUAACAGACAGGUUUGCUACCACCGAGUCUGUGAAUUGCAAUCCUGAGGAUCGUGCCUACUGUGGUGGAAAUUGGAAGGGAAUCAUCAAUAAGCUGGAUUACAUUCAGAAUAUGGGAUUUACAGCCAUUUGGAUUUCCCCGGUUAUUAAGAAUAUUGAAGGCGCAACCAAAUAUGGUGAGGCUUAUCACGGAUAUUGGCCGCAGGAUCUCCUUUCUUUGAAUCCUCACUUUGGCACUGAAGAGGAUUUGAUCGAUUUAUCAGAUGCUUUGCAUGAACGAGGAAUGUAUUUGAUGGUAGAUACAGUGGUAAACCAUAUGGCCGCUCCGGAUACACGAAAUAUCGAUUUCUCAAUAUAUAGUCCUUUCAAUAAAGAAGAGCACUAUCAUCCUAUGUGUCCAAUUAUCCAAAGUGAUCCUUUAUCUUUGGAACAAUGCUGGAUUGGCACAGAAGAUGUGACCUUACCUGACGUGGAUACGGAGAAUCCCUUCAUUAUUGAAACCUUGUACAACUUCAUUCACGAUCAUGUCAAAAAGUUCAAAAUCGAUGGAUUGCGUAUCGAUGCUGCAAAGCACGUUCGUCAAACAUUUUGGCCCGGCUUUUGCGAAGCAGCAGGCGUGUAUUGCCAAGGAGAAGAGUGGACUGGGGAAGCAGCCGCUUUUUGUGAAUGGCAAGGUUUUAUGGACGGUCUGCACAACUUUCCUGUACAAGGUGUCGCUUCAGAAGCUGUAAUUCCAGUCAAUGAUAGAGCUCUAAGAAAAACGGCAAUAGCGAUGAAUCUGGUUGCGCACCAUUGCAUUGAUAGCACUCUUUUAGGUCUUUUCCUGGAAUCUCAAGAUGCACCCAGACUGGCGGCUCUCAACAAUGACUUUAAUGUACUAAAAAAUGCCAUGACACUAAAUCUCAUGUCAGACGGCAUUCCUAUAGUUUUUUACGGACAAGAACAAAUGCUGGAUGGAUCUCACGAUCCCAUCAAUCGUCCAGCGAUGUGGAUUACUGGGUACCAUACCGAAGGCCCUCUGUACAAGUACACAGCUAAAGUGAAUCAAAUUCGUAGGGAUUUAAUCAAUUCUCAAGAUGGCGAGGAAUGGAUUCGUACUCGUACACAUGCUAUUCCUGUGGGCGAUAAUGUGAUGCUAAUGUAUAAAGGACCAGUCAUUACCUUCAUUACGAAUUAUGGAUCUGUUAAUAAGGAGUAUAUUAUCAAAAUGCCUGCAUCCGAACCCAUGGUUGAUUUGCUGACAUGUACUCUGAUUGAAGUUGAGAAUGAAAUUCUCAAAACGACCAUUCAUUUGGGUGAACCCAAAAUUUUGUAUCCUUAUAAAUUAACCAUGCGCGACGGCUUCUGUGCGGAUAAACUGUCGUUACAAGACGAAAUUCCAGGCGUUUUUAUGGGCCAUAAUGAAAUAAAUGGGCCAGACAAAAAAUAG